AUGAACUGGUUGAAGCACAACCCAUCCACCGUCAAGAUUUUCUUGGACAAGAAGCUUUUUACAGUGGACCAGAUUUACAACCGUAGAAAUGACCGAUUCUUGGCUAGUUCAACUUCUGAGGUCAAGAGAGUCUUCCAUACCAAACAUCCGGCAGCCAUAAUGGUUCUGGGGGUCGUGGCCUCCAACGGGAAGAAUAUGCCUCCCUACUUCUUCAAGAUGGGGGAGAAAAUUGGGGCUGAUGUCUACUACAAGAUACUGAGAUACCAGAUCUUGCCCUGGUUGAAGGUGAAUUAUCCAGAUGGCAACUAUGUAUGGACCCAGGAUGGAGCACCAUGCCAUACUGCCAAAAUCAAUCAGAACUUCUGCGAGUCCAACAUGGCCGCCUUCUGGCCAGCCAACUUCUGGCCGCCCUCCUCACCUGAUCUGAAUGUCUUGGUCUUCAAUGUCCGGGGCUACUUGGAGAGGUUAACCAACAAAACCCCCCACCCAAAUGUCGACUCUCUGAGGGCCUCCAUUGAGAAGCACUGGGCCCUGAUGCCCCCAAGCUCCAUCGUGGAUGCCUGCGCCAGCUUCGGGCGUCGUGUAGCCGCAAUGAUUGAGGUCCAGGGUGGACAUAUUGAAUAA